AUAAAAAUCAGCACGGAGGUGUCCCAUGGGGACGGGUGUAAGGAAGACGGGUUUGGUUCGGAGGUGAUUAAAGUUUACAUAUUCAAAGCAGAAGCGGACGAUGAUGUGGAAAUAGGGGGAACAGAGAUCGUGACGGAGAGCGAUUUUCAGAACGGACAUCCCGUCGCCGGCGUCCUGGAACAGAGCGGACUGGCACGAGUACCGCGGGAGAAGAUGGUGUACAUGGCCGUCAAAGAUUCCUCUCAGGAAGAUGACGAUAUUGGGUGUGCGGAGAUAGCCGAUGAAGUGUACAUGGAGGUGAUUGUGGGGGAGGAAGAGGCCACGUCACUCACAGACGCCCAG